CGAAGCGAUCCAGGCUCUCUACUUCAAGUUAACAAACCGAAGGGGGAAAAAUGGUGGCCAGCGCGAGAGUGCAGAAGCUCCUCCGACGAUACAAACUCGCGAUUGCCGCCGCCAUAACCAUCCUCCUCAUCCAAGGUCUCGUCGUGUGGAGCUUGAAAAGUCUGGAAGAGGGCGAGGCGCAGAAAAAAACAAGACGCUCUAAACUGCCCGACAACAGCAGCCAGGACCAGAAGAGGGAUCUCGCGCUAUUAGAAAGACACAACCCGGUGUCUGGGAGUAACAAGGGCAGAUGGAAGGGCAGGCUGGAAAGGACAGGAGGCACGGCAACCGGCGCGCUAAGAAAAGGGAACAGCCGAAGACAAGGAAAGCCGGCGAUCAGGCUUAAGAAACCCCUCGAGCAGGGCCAAACCGGCACCGGAUUGGAUGGCGUUGCGCCACAUGACCCGUCCAGUAACUUGAGCGAUCUGCGAGGUGGUGCCGAUGGCUUGAUGGCAGCCCGGUUACCCGCUGCCGCCUUACCGGGUGAGCCGGGCAGCGUGGACGGGGCACACCAAGCCCCCAACGGUGAUUUUGAGGCCAAAUGUCAGAUCAAAGGCAAGGACGCGUGGUCCGCCCUGCAUCGUGCCGGCUCACAGCAGUGUCGCCAGGACAUCGCCAACAUCGUGUGCAUGCAUCAGGCCGGGCAGCUCAUGCCAGAUGCCCUUCCGCAAUUCUGCCCCCACCUUGGUGUAUCAAGUGCAGUUCAGUCACUCGGGGAGCUGGACAACAGCCUGGCCAAGAUUGAGGACCCCGUCCGCGUGGUUUUUGUCUUGAUGGUCCACGGCCGCUCGGUACGGCAGCUCAAGCGUCUCAUUAAAGCCAUAUACCACUCGGAUCACUUCUACUACAUCCACGUAGACAAGCGGUCGGGCUACAUGCAUCGCGAAGUCCUCCAAAUAGCCCAGCAGUACCCAAAUAUUCGUGCCACGCCCUGGAGGAUGGUGACCAUCUGGGGGGGUGCCAGCUUGCUGAAAGCGUACUUGCGCAGCAUGACGGAUCUCCUCUCCAUGAGGGACUGGAAGUGGGACUUUUUCAUCAACCUCAGCGGCACGGACUUCCCCACCAGGACUAAUGAUGAGCUGGUAGCCUUUUUAUCACAACAUAGAGACAAGAACUUCCUCAAGUCCCAUGGCAGAGAGAACGCCAGGUUCAUUAAGAAGCAGGGCCUCGAUCGCCUGUUCCACGAGUGCGACAACCACAUGUGGCGCCUGGGAGAGCGCAACAUCCCGGAGGGCCUGGAAGUGUCAGGCGGCUCGGAUUGGUUUGCACUCACCCGCCGUUUUGUGGAGUACGUCAUCAAUUCCCAGGACGAGCUGGUGUCGGGGCUGAAGCGGUUCUAUUCCUAUACCCUGCUCCCCGCUGAGUCUUUCUUCCACACCGUGCUGGGAAACAGUCACAUGUGCGACAGCCUGGUGGACAACAACCUGCGUGUGACCAACUGGAAUCGUAAACUGGGCUGUAAAUGCCAGUACAAGCACAUUGUGGAUUGGUGUGGCUGCUCCCCCAAUGACUUCAAACCCCAAGAUCUCAUUCGCAUCCAGCAAUUGUCCCGACCGACAUUCUUUGCACGCAAAUUUGAGGCUUCGGUAAACCAGGAAGCCAUUGACAUCCUGGACACCCACCUGUAUGGCCAGUAUGCACCAGGAACUGUUGCCAUUAAGGCGUACUGGGAGAACCAGUUUGAGCAGAUGGAUGGCGUGGGCUCGCUCACUGACGUGGCACUCACCGCUCACGCUUCUUUGUUUCGACUGGGCCUGAAAAGUCUUGCAACACCUCAGGGCGGAAAAGAGGCCUGCAGGUUUGAAACUAUCGGCUACCCUUCGUCAGUGCACUUGUACUUCUAUGAUGACCGCUUUCAAGGGUACUUGAUACGUCAGGAGGUUCAAGCUGCGGGAACAAAGGUCAAGGAGUCAAUCGAGACGUGGGCUGUGCCCCAGGCGGCGUUGGUGCUUGAGAAAAAUCUGAAGGAGUUUGAAAGGCUCAAAAACAUUGAGAUCGGAACAGAAUGGGAUCCGAAGGAAAGAGUAUUUCGUAAUUUUGGCGGGCUCAUCGGACCUUUGGAUGAACCGCUUGCAGUUCAGAAAUGGGCCCGAGGACCCAACCUCACAGCCACCAUCGUGUGGAUUGACCCGGGCCAGGUGGUGGCGGCUUCUUACGACAUUAAAGUGGACGCAGACGCAGAAUACACCCAGUACAAGCCACCGCUGCAGCGCCCCCUACGGCCUGGCGUUUGGAUGGUACGCGUCUUGAAACAGUGGGAGCACGUGGCCCAAGUUCGUUUUCUCGUCAUGCCUUUGAGCUUCAAAGAUAAGGAGCCGCUGCGCAAAGACAAGGACAGUUGGCUCCACGCGGGUCCGCCGGGAAAUUUGUAUCUGGAGCAGAGCUUCCAGCAGUUGAGUUCCAUCCUGAAGCUGCCGCCUCAAGAGCCCGCCAUGCUGGAAGCGCAACGCAACGCCAUGUUGGUGGGCCCGCCCCUCGAAGCGUGGGUCGACCGCAGUGUGGCGAACUUCUGGGUUAUCGGGGAUAUGUGCGCCACGCAGACUUCAUCUUGCACCGCCUUGGAGCCGUGCUCCAAAACGACGUGGAGCUCCCUGUCCCCGGAUCCCAAGUCUGAACUGGGUCCAGUUAAAAGUGACGGGAGAAUCAGGUAGCCCCAGUGGAGGGGGGCCGGGGGGGGGCUGUUACAGGAAGAGGAUGCCUGUGCCGGAGGCUUCAAGCGGCAACGAGAGCUCCGAGCGAACCAUUUUGGCUCCAAGCUCAAGGCCUCAAAAACAUGACAUCUUGCACUGAAGAGUCACGACGUUCUCAGUAGAAAUGACUUGCGAGAGGUGAACGCUGGAAAUUUGCACAUUGACGAUUGCGAGCCCAGGGAGUUUUCUUCGGUUUGCAGGAUGGUAUGAAUGCCUGAUGCAUUUUUUUUUUUUAAUUCCGUGCUGACAAACAGCGAUGGUUCCGAGACCAGUAGGCGAAUGAAACAUCGCCCUUCACCAAUGGUCAGUUUUUCUCGACUUGGGGGUCAGGAUGCAGUUUGAGCUCAACUACAGUCUUCUUGCCCUGUUUCUGUUCUCAUCCGAUGACCGGAACAAAACUUGGGGGUCGUGUUAUGCUUAUUUUGAAGCAUUUUAUAUCGGAAACGUGGAACGGUCGCAGUACCAAAAUUCAGUUGAUUACGUUGUGAUGGCAAAAGUUGUGGGACACUCACGACGCAAGUAUUGAUUCCUUGUCUCACUCAUCUGUUUUUGCUAAAUAUUUUUUUACACAUGUAGACAUGUUCUAACAUUUCAAAAGGUAUUUGGUGUGAAUGCUAAAAACCUUCUUUGUGGUCCCAGAAAGUAUCUGGAAACUCGGCAGAUACCUUCAUUCGACGUCCCCAUGAUCCGAAAACGUGGGUUGAUCUCUUCUAUAACCACUGCUUCUAAUUUUGAAGCCAACGUAGGAAAGGAAUUUCAAAGUCUCGUUACACUUCACGACGCCCGUGCAUUGGUUGAACACUUAACGUCCUCUGACCGGAAAGGAUAAACACUGUAUGCUUUUAUUUUUUUUUGUGUGUGUUUUUAGAAUUCUCGAAAGAUAAAUCGAAGCUGCCUUUAUUUGACUGAGAUUACUUGUUUACUGCAAGUUAAAGGGUCCCAAGAUGUGCAAUUUCUGCCUGCUCGGUCUGCAUCUUAGUUUGCAAUUUUAACACAUGUAAUGUGUUCUUUUUGUUGUUGUUAUUCUUAAAAUUUGUGUUUUUCAAGUGACCUUGUAUACCUUGCACAGUGCAGUUGCUUCAGUGAAGCCCCAUGUCUGUAAAAAGAGAACUGCAGAUGUUAUUUUUUUAUACUGUGUACUGUUUGCGAACAAGUGUGUCAAUGUGUCUUUUCAAUUUUAAACUAGUAUCAAAACUUGUGGUUUUAGCUACUUCGAUUUUAUUUCCUGGUCAGUGAUGGAGAGGUUGAGUUUUCCGUCCUUUGCUGCUUUGGUACUCUAAGGAGGUCUUCGGGGUGGGCUCGUGUACACCGUGGGUCUCCAACAAGUCAAUAAAAAGGACACAGAUAUC